ACAUGCACACACAUGCAAACCUGAGCUUCAAGUGGAGUCACAACUCCUUCCAGGAAGCAUCUCACCUAUCUCUUCGUGUUUAGUGUCCAGAAGCUUCUUGUUCGUGUCUCUAUUUGAAGAAACUGAAGAGAAAAGAGUGCAAGAUAACUUCACUCAGAGAUGGAGAAAGAUGUAAGAAAAUACAGGACAGAAGAGGAAGAAAGAAGGUUAUAUUUAAAGUAAAGAAAGUCUGUACUUUUGCAACCUUGGGUGACGUGGAUGUGAAGUCAGCAGCAUGGAUCAGUGUGAGGACAGAGAGGAGGGUGUCCCUCUCUCUAAAACCACUCUGUGUGGGGAACAUGAGAGCCAGACCGAAGCUCAGAGGAACCAACCUGGACCUGAACCCAGUUGUGUGUCCUUAAGGAGUGACUGGUCUGAAGAGCGCCUCAUUCAUUUUAAAGGAAACCAGCGGUCUGCUGCAGAGAGGAUCUAUGAGAGACCUGAAUCUGGAGCUGAACCCAGCUGUGUGUCUUUAAAGAGUGACUGGUCUGAAGAGCGCCUCAUUCACUUUAGAGAACACCAACCAUCUGCUGAAGAGAGGAUCUAUGAGAGACCUGCUGAACCUGGAGCUGAACCCAGCUGUGUGUCUUUAAAGAGUGACUGGUCUGAAGAGCGCCUCAUUCACUUUAAAGGACAUCAACCAUCUGCUGCAGAAAGAGUGGACUGGGAGAGCUCAGAGGUUCCCAGUGGUCAGUCUGCCCAGCAGCAUCAAACAUGUCUGGAAAAUAUAUUUAUGCGGCUGGAGGACAACAUCAUCACUUUUGUGAAGAUGGAGCUGAAGAAAAUCCAGAGACUUUUGAGUCCAGACAACCCAGAAUGUUCAGAGAAACAGCAGGGAGGUGGGACCUUGGACAGUAAAGAUGAAGAAGAGCAGAUGAGGAGUGGGAGAGGGGCUAUUCUGAAGAUUGCAGUGCAGUUCCUGAAGAGAAUGAAGCAGGAGGAUCUGGCUGAGCGUCUAUGGAACCAAGUGCUUUCUCCACUUUGUGAAUGUGAACUUAAAUUGAACCUGAAGAAGAAGUUCCAGUGUGUGUUUGAGGGGAUUGCUAAAGCAGGAAACCCAACCCUUCUGAAUCAGAUCUACACAGAGCUUUUCAUCACAGAGGGAGGGACUCCAGAGCUCAGUGAUGAGCAUGAGGUUAGACAGAUUGAAACAGUAUCCAGGAAAUCAGACAGACCAGAAACAACAAUCAGACAAGAAGACAUAUUUAAAGCCUCAACUGCAAGUAAUCAAACAGUAAGAACAGUGCUGACAAAAGGAGUGGCUGGCAUUGGGAAAACAGUCUUAACACAGAAGUUCACUCUGGACUGGGCUGAAGACAAAGCCAACCAGGAUAUCCAGUUCAUAUUUCCAUUCACUUUCAGAGAGCUGAAUGUGCUGAAAGAGGAAAAGUUCAGCUUGGUGGAACUUGUUCAUCACUUCUUUACUGAAACCAAAGAAGCAGGAAUCUGCAGCUUUGAAGACUUCCAGGUUGUGUUCAUCUUUGACGGUCUGGAUGAGUGUCGACCUCCUCUGGACUUCAACAAAAUUAAACUUCUGAGUGACCCUAGAAAGUCCUCCUCAGUGGAUGUGCUGCUGAUAAACCUCAUCAGUGGGAAUCUGCUUCCCUCUGCUCGCCUCUGGAUAACCACACGACCUGCAGCAGCCAAUCAGAUCCCUCCACAAUGUGUUGAUUUGGUGACAGAUGUCAGAGGGUUUACUGAUCCACAGAAGGAGGAGUACUUCAGGAAGAGAUUCAGUGAUGAGGGGCAAGCCAGGAGGAUCAUUUCCCACAUCAAGACAUCACGAAGCCUACACAUCAUGUGCCACAUCCCAGUCUUCUGCUGGAUCACUGCUACAGUUCUGGAGGAUGUGCUGAAAACCAGAGAGGGAGGAGAGCUACCCACAACCCUGACUGAGAUGUACAUCCACUUCCUGGUGGUUCAGGCCAAAGUGAAGAUCAAGUAUGAUGGAGGAACUGAGACAGAUCCACACUGGAGUCCAGAGAGCAGGACGAUGAUUGAGUCACUGGGAAAACUGGCUUUUCAUCAGCUGCAGAAAGGAAACCUGAUCUUCUAUGAAUCAGACCUGACAGAGUGUGGCAUCGAUAUCAGAGCAGCCUCAGUGUACUCAGGAGUGUUCACACAGAUCUUUAAAGAGGAGAGAGGACUGUACCAGUACAAGGUGUACUGCUUCAUCCAUCUGAGUGUUCAGGAGUUUCUGGCUGCUCUUCAUGUCCAUCUGACCUUCAUCAACUCUGGAGUCAAUCUGCUGGAAGAGGAACAACCAACAACAACCAUGUUGUCUAAAUUAUUUAACAAACCAAAACUCCAGUAUAUCCACCAGAGUGCUGUGGAGAAGGCCUUACAGAGUCCAAAUGGACACCUGGACUUGUUCCUCCGCUUCCUCCUGGGUCUUUCACUGCAGACCAAUCAGAAUCUUCUACGAGGUCUGUUGACAGAAGCAGGAAGUAAGUGGUCAAACAAUCAGGUAACAGUCCAGUACAUCAAGAAGAAAAUUAGAAAGAAUCUGUCUGCAGAGAAAAGCAUCAAUCUUUUCCACUGUCUGAAUGAACUGAAGGAUUGUUCUCUAGUGGAGGAGAUCCAACAGUCCUUGAAAUCAGGGCAUCUCUCCACAGACAAACUGUCUCCUGCACAGUGGUCAGCUCUGGCCUUCAUCUUACUGUCAUCAGAAAAAGAUCUGGACAUGUUUGACAUGAAGAAAUACUCUGCUUCAGAGGAGGCUCUUCUGAAGCUGCUUCCAGUGGUCAAAGCAUCCAACAAAGCUCUACUGAGUGCCUGUAACCUCUCAGAGAAAGGCUGUGAAGCUCUGUCCUCAGUUCUCAGAUCCCAGUCCUCUAGUUUGACAGAGUUGGACAUGAGUAACAAUAACCUAAGGGAUUCUGGUGUAGAGCUUCUGUCUGUUGGAAUGGAGAGUCCACACUGUAGACUAGAAACUAUCAGAUUGAGAGGCUGUAACCUCACAGAGAAAAGCUGUGAAGCUCUCUCCUCAGUUUUCAACUCACAGUCCUCUAGCCUGAGAGAGUUGGACCUGAGUAACAAUGACCUGCAGGAUUCCGGAGUGAAGCUUCUGUCCACUGGACUAAAGAGUCCACACUGUAUGCUGGAAACUCUCAGACUGAAUGUAUGUAAUCUGUCCGAGAGAACCUGUGAAGUGCUGUCCUUAUUACGCAGUUCCCAGUUCUUUAAACUGAGACAACUGGACCUAAGUAACAAUGACCUGCAGGAUUCAGGACUGAAGCUUCUAUCUGCUGGACUGGAGAGUCCAGAUUGUACUAUGGAAACUCUCAGGCUGUCAGGCUGUUUGAUCACAGAGGAAGGCUGUACUUCUCUGGCUUCAGCUCUGAGCUCUAACCCCUCUCAUUUGAAGGAGUUGGAUCUGAGCUACAAUCAUCCAGGAGACUCAGGAAUGAAGAUGCUUUCAGCUGGACUGAAGGAUCCACAAUGGAGACUGGGCACUCUCAGGGUGGAGCCUGCUGGAGACCGGUGGUUGACACCAGGUCUGAGGAAGUAUUCCUGUCAACUCACAAUUGACACAAACACAGUAAAUAAAAACCUCAGACUGUCUGACGACAACAGGAAGGUGACAUAUGUGUUGGAAAAGGUUCAAUCAUAUCCUAAUCAUAUGGACAGAUUUAUUGACCGGUGUCCUCAGCUGCUGUGUAGAGAUGGUCUGACUGGUCGCUGUUACUGGGAGGUUGAGUGGAGUGGAAAGGUUUGGAUAUCAGUGAGUUAUAGAGGAAUCAGAAAGAAAGGAAAGGUUAAUGAUUGUGUGUUUGGAUGGAAUGAUCAGUCCUGGAGUCUGAAGUGCACAGAUGAUGGUCCUCUUUCUGUCUGGCACAAUAAAAGCCAAAUACCAGCCAUCUCCUCCUCUUCCUCCUCCUCCUCUUCCUCCCCCUCUAACAGAGUAGCAGUGUAUGUGGACUGUCCUGCUGGCACUCUGUCCUUUUACAGAGUCUCUUCUGACACUCUGAUCCACCUCCACACCUUCAACACCACAUUCACUGAAACUCUUUAUCCUGGGUUUGGCGCAGGGCUCAUGGAUGAUUUGUUGGGAUUUUCAUACUACCGUGGUUCCUCAGUGUCUUUGUGCUGAGUUGAGUGUAAAGAGUGUCCUCCUGUUAGAGAAACACUCUGACUGUUGAACAGAUAGUUCAGUCUGUACAUGUCUGUCUCUCUCACUCAGAAACACAUUUUCAGAUUCAUGGGUUCAAUCAGUUGAUGUUUUAAACUGUUCUAAAUGAUUCCUUGCAAACUUCUUCUUCAGUCUUUUAACGAUGGAAGCUAUGAUUAUUCCAGGAUCCACGUGUUUUUUUUCCUGUAUUUUUUCCCCUUAAAGCUUCACAGUGAGUAUCACAGUGUUGAAUGGACUCCCCACACACAAUGGUUGUGCUCACACAUGUCAAGUUUAUUUACCACACACUCUGCCCAGCUUUUUUUUUUUUUUAUCUCUCUUCUCUCGUCUCCUGCCUCACUAAGAAGGGAAAAGACUGUCAUCAGUCCAAAUGCCAUACGCUGUGUUCUCACCUGCCUCCGCGGCACCGCCCUGUUCAGCUCACUGCACCACUCCUCCCCUGCAGCUGAGCCAGGGACCACACCUCCACCACAACCAGUAUGUUGUGUUUCUUUGAAGCUCAGUUCACAACCAGCCCCUCUGUAUUUUCAACAAGUCUGAGCUUUUUAAAAUGAAUCCAAAUGUUUGAUUUCUCUUAAUGUGAUUUUUCCAACCUUUUACUGCUUUUACUGUUCCACUCAUUUUUGGAAACUGUGAUGGAAGCAGGACAGGAAGGAAGCUCUCAACAGAAGCAGAUUUUCAUAUUAAGAGCACAUUUGAAUGUUUUUGCUUUAAUUUGUUGUCAAAUCCUGAGAACAGACAGGCUGUUUGGAUGCUCCAUGACUGAAUAAGUGGACAUCCAACAUUACUCAGUGUAUAAAUCAUUAAAGACAUUCAGCAUC